AUGACAGCCUCUACCUUCGCCUCCACAUUCCCUAACCCCCCGACAGUCCGCGCAGCAGUCCUGCCCGACCUCGCCGUCAAGCCGUGGCUCGCCAAGUCCACAGACACAUACUACCUCACGAAUGCGCGCGUGGUGGAUGCCGGUGCCGGCCGCCUCCUAGACGGCCUCCAAGGCGUCAAGGUCCACCACGGGCAAAUCACCGCCGUCGAGCCAAUGACGACCCUCGCCCCCGAGCCCAACGCGGCCGUGCACGACCUCGCCGGCGCGUACCUCUGCCCCGGGCUGAUCGACGCGCACGUGCACGUCACCGCGGUCCCCGGCGUGCAGACCAUGGCAGCGCUGGUCAAUGUGCCAGACCAGGUGGUGAACCUGCGCUCGAUCUACGUCCUCAAGGGGAUGCUCUCGCGCGGGUUCACGACGGUGCGCGACACGGGCGGCGCGACCAAGUUUCUCGCCGACGCGAUUGCCGAGGGCCUUGUGCCGGGACCACGGCUGUACCAGUGCGGCCAGGCACUCUCCCAGACGGGCGGGCACGGCGACUUUGCCAGCGGCGCGGGCAAAUCGACGUGCUGCGGCGGCCACUCGCUCUCCCUCGGCCGCGUGGCGGACGGCGUGCCUGCCGUCCUGCGCGCCGUGCGCGAGGAGCUGAAACAGGGUGCAGACUUUAUCAAGGUCAUGCUGGGCGGCGGGGUCGCGAGCGAGUCGGACGCCAUUGAGACGGUGCAGUUCUUGCCGGAGGAGGUACGCGCCAUCACUGCGUCCGCGUGGCAGAUGGGCAGGAAGAUGGUCACAGCGCAUGCGUACACUGUCGAGGCGAUCCGGCAUGCCAUUGACAACGGCGUGCGCGGCAUCGAGCACGGUAACCUCAUUGACGUCGACACUGCAAAGCUCAUGGCCGAGAAGGAUAUCUUCCUCACCCCAACCCUGAGCUGUUAUGGCAUCAUGGUGCGGCAGCCGUUCGAGGACUUUUUGAACGAGGACGGCCGCAACAAGAGCGCCGAGGUGAUGCAGCAGGGGCUCAACGCGCUCAAGAUUGCCGAGGACGCCGGCGUGACAGUGUGCUACGGCUCGGACCUGCUCAUCUCGAUGCACGCGCUCCAGACAGGCAAGUGUCGGCCCCCGCCCCGUUCCUACAUAUCUAACCCAUCUGCAGAGGAGUUCACCGUCCGCUCGAAAGUCCUCCCGGCUGCCACGAUCCUCAAGCACGCGACCGUCAACCCUGCGCGCAUGCUCGGCCAGGCGGGCCGGCUGGGCGUCGUCGCGGCCGGCGCUAUCGCCGACCUUAUCGUCCUGUCGGCCAACCCGCUCGAGGACAUCACCGUGCUCGACCGGCCCGAGGAGUACCUCCGCGCCGUAGUCAAGGAGGGCAAGGUCGUUUCGGGGUCUCUUCUUCUGUAA